AUGGUCCUUCAUUUUUUGGCAACAGUCGCCAAAUUACUUGUUUCUGAAGCGGUAGAACGACCUCUGCUGAUGGUCGAGGACAGGUUCACAGGUUCGAGCGGAAGGCGACUCCGCCGCAAACACUAUGAGUGGAACCGCGACCCUCGAGAUAACGAGAUGACAGAGGAUCUUAUUAGGACGGAUCAUCGGAUACAUUUUCAUGUGUUAUCACACGCCGCAUUGCAAGCCGAGCCAAACCCUAGUAAUGCUUCUUCCGCCGAAGCUAUGUCUCCGAAGCCCGCCACAGAAGAACGGUGUGCAGACGAGCAUGAAAAGCAGGUCUGCGAAAUCAUUGUGCCGCCAUGGGAGGAUCUUGCGGUCGUGAUUGCGGCUGCUGUGAGAGACCUCGAUGCCUCGACUUUGCAGCCCCGUAUUAUGGGCAUUGCCUCUCCCCUUGUGUAUGCUGCACAAAAGCACGAGGCUUCAAGAUUACAGUCGAUGAUCCGGACGAGGAUCCAAUGUUGCUAG